AAAAUCCAUCUGUCCAUCAAUUGAAGUAGAGAGGAACGGCCAACCAUUGUUGUAAAACCCAACACAACCGUCGGAUCUCACGAAAAACAAUAAUAAUUAAAAAAAAAAAAUCAUACCUUCCUCAAAUCCAGAACUACCAAACCAAGCACAAGCACAAGCACAAGCAGAGACCAAGGAUCAGAUCAAUUAGGGCGACAAAAUACUGAAAGAGAGAGAAAAAGGAGGUUUCUAACAGAAGAAGGAUAGGGGCCUGUGUGUCCAAACCUGCUGCAGCGGCGGCGGCUGAGAGAGCCUCUUCGACGGAGGUGGUGCAGAGGCUCUCACAGCCGGCGGCAGCAGCAGCGGCGGCAACAACAACAAAAGCAACAGCGGCAGCUGGAGAACCGGUGAGUUUAGCUCAUUCGAAAUCGGAGAAGAUGAAGGGGCUUUUCAAGAAUAAGCCUCGUACUCCUACCGAUAUCGUUCGUCAGACUCGAGAUAUCCUCAUCUAUGCCGACCGCACCUCCUCCUCCGAUCCACGAGAUGCCAAGCGUGAAGAAAAGAUGGCAGAGCUGUCUAAAAAUAUCAGGGAUUUAAAGUCAAUUCUUUAUGGCAAUAGUGAAUCUGAGCCGAUUGCAGAAGCUUGUGCACAAUUGACUCAAGAGUUUUUCAGAGAAAAUAAUCUCCGUCUUUUGAUCAUUUGUCUUCCGAAAUUGAACUUGGAGACCCGAAAAGAUGCCACUCAAGUUGUUGCGAAUUUACAAAGACAACAAGUUCAGUCACGGUUGAUUGCAUCUGAAUACCUGGAAAAGAACACAGAUCUUUUGGAUAUUUUAAUAGGAGGUUAUGAAAACUCAGACAUGGCCUUACACUAUGGUGCAAUGUUGAGGGAGUGCAUACGUCACCAGAGUGUUGCGAGAUAUGUUCUCGAAUCAGAGAAUAUGAAGAAAUUCUUUGAUUAUAUACAACUUCCAAAUUUUGACAUUGCAGCAGAUGCUGCUGCUACUUUUAAGGAACUCCUGACAAGACAUAAAUCUACGGUAGCAGAAUUUCUUUCAAAGAAUUAUGAAUGGUUCUUUGCAGAGUAUAAUUCAAAGCUACUAGAAUCUGUCAAUUACAUUACCAGGCGACAAGCUAUCAAGCUGUUGGGAGAUAUAUUACUGGAUCGCUCAAAUUCAGUUGUGAUGACACGAUAUGUGAGCUCAAGGGAUAACUUGAGGAUUCUUAUGAAUCUUCUCAGAGAAUCCAGUAAAAGCAUCCAGACAGAAGCAUUUCAUGUUUUCAAGCUCUUUGUUGCAAAUCAAAAUAAACCUCCCGACAUUAUUACCAUACUCGUAGCAAAUAGAAGCAAACUUUUGCGUUUGUUUGCUGAUUUCAAAACUGAUAAAGAGGAUGAACAAUUUGAAGCGGACAAAGCGCAAGUUGUGAAAGAAAUAGCUGCCCUUGAACCUAGAGACCGGACAUGAGUGAGUUUGGUUCACUUGUUGUAAUAUCAUUUUAUUUACCUUGUUAAAUUUCAUCUGUGAAUUAUAUAUAAAUAGCCUAAUCAUGAUACCAGUAAUCAAUAUCCGAGAAAAACCUUUAUUUUUUCCAUGUACUUUUCCUCUCGGUCACACCUUUGGGCAGUUUCUGAUUCCAUCAUUCUGUAUUUUAAUAAGAAGACGAGAGUGUUAAUGCUAUGUUUGGCCAUUGGUGAUACUCCAAUUGUUUGUCAAAAUACACUAGUAGAACUUGGUCUGUGUUAUGGAUUUUCUUUGCCCUGCAAAAAACUAUGUAAAUUGAGAAAAAUUAUAAAUAAAUGACAAAAUUCCUUCUUUUCUUUAA